UGAGGAAAGGAGCCGGUCAGCCCUGGAGCGCAGCUGAAGGCAAUGGAGCUCCGUGGCUGGAAGGGGCGGAGCCUGGCUGCCCCUCCUGGAGCUCAGUUGAGGGCUGGCUGGGAGCAGGGAAGGGUUUCUUUCUGGAAGGUUCUCUGCUGUGGAGUUGGUUCUGUCGGUGACUCCUUGGAGAUGCAAGCACUGGGAACCAGUGGAGUUGAGCCCCCAGCCCUCCUGAGGACCCACGCUGUGCAGAGCACUCGCAGCUUCUGGAAUAGCAGAACAUGCCCCGGAACGAUGAUGGCAGCCUUCCCACCCCCGCUUGGUGCAGACACCCACUGGUCAUCUGUGCAGACUGCAAACUCACCAUCCAUCCAGGCAAGCAAAGGGUCAAUUUCGACAUCGCCGGCCAGAGUGCUGGUGCUGGGUGUGUCUUCUGGGCAAUGGAAGAAAUGCCCAGUGGGGCAAUGCCAGCUUUCCCGCAGGCGCUCAGCGCAGACAGCCCCCAGCAGCUGUGCUGCUCCCAAACUCACCGCUGUUGAUCCAGGUGAGCAGCUCGUCCAUGUCUGCGGUGUCGUGCAGGAUGCCUGGGUUGGCUGUCACUUCUGGGGAAGGAAGAAAAUGCCCAGAGGGGCACUGCCACCUUUCCCGUGCCCGCUCAGUGCGAGCAACCCUGCCAGCUCUGCUGCCCCCCAACUCACCCUCGUUGAUCCACGUCAGGAGCUCAGCGAUGUCCUCGGCGAUGUCCUCUGGGGUGUCUGCACUCGUUGUCGCUGCUGGCCAAACAAGAGCAUCCCCAGCGGGGCAAUGCCAGCUUUCCCACAGCCCCGUGGAGUAGACAGCCUGCCGCCCGCCCUGCAGCCCCUGAACUCACGGCCUGAUUGCAGCGAGGCAGCGCUGCAGGAAAGCAGAGCGCAGGGAGCGUCUGUGGUGAGAUGCUGAGGUGCAAUUGCCUUCCCUGCACCAGCAGCCUGUGUGUGUCCACGUGAUGCAUGGAGAAGAGAAGCCUGCAGUUCUGUGUCCUCUGCCCCUUCCCACCUGUAAAGCAAACAGAAGACCUUUCUGAUGGGAGUGAGCAGCAAGGAACUGACUGAAUCAUGGAAUCACAAGGUUGGAAACGACCUGUAAGAGUCUCAGCUAUGUAGGUCCUAUAAGGGUCUCAGCUUCCUUCCUGCCCUGUGCUUGACUGAGGGAC